AUGUGCACACCAAACGAAUUUGCGUCAUCUGCAAAGUACACAAUGAACGAUUCCAUCGUCAACUAUUUUCCUACAUCCGUUGUGCACACACCGAAUUAUACAUUGAAUGAACACAUUUUAAACGCGCAAAAUGAAUUUACAGCGCCCGUCCAAAAUACACAAUACGGAUACACACCACCUAUGGAUUUUACAUCCAAUGAGCCUAUCAUAUACAACACGACGAUGAAUGAACCUGGGCCUAUUUUAAACGCGCGAAAUGAAUUUAUAGCGCCCGUCGAGAAAACACCAUACGGAUACACACCGCAUAUGGAUUUUACAUCCAAUGAGCCUAUCUUAUACAACACGACGAUGAACGAACCCGAGCCCAUUUUAAACGCGCAAAAUGAAUUUAUAACGCCCGUUGAGAAUACACUAAACGGAUUCACGCCACUUAUGGAUUUUACAUCUAAUGAGCCUAUCUUAUACAACACGACGAUGAACGAACCCGUACCUUCCAUAUAUUACGCACACGACGAAUUAGCUUUGUUAUCCACCAGCCAUGAUUCAAAUUCAACCAUCUACGAACACGAACUUAUUAACGAAUGCAGCGAAAACGCGCAAAACAGCUUUACACUAUACAAUAUUUACGAUGAAACGACUCUAAAUGGUUUUUCGAGAUCUAAUUUGAAUUGUUUUUCGACUAUAGCAUUCAAUUUUCCACAAGCGUCACCCGUAGUCACAUCAUCUGACUUUACGCAGUCAGCGCCAUAUGACUCCCGGCUUGCGCCAACGGAAUUUGAUCCCCAAUAA